GUUGUGUCCACAGAUUGUUUAAUUCACAACUUCUAGUGACUUUAAGGACAUGAAAUAUAACCCAAGAUAGAAAAUUGCAGCAAGCCCAUUGAAAAUAAAUGAAAAUGUCUAAAAAUAUGCACCCAGCCCCUGGUUUAGUUGACCAAAGUUUGUGCUAAAAGUCCUAUCUCUUCACCCCUUUAUUUAUCACAAAGGUGCAAAAAAAUCUAUCAUCAAGAGCAAUGGAAACCAACUGUAGAAUGCAGAAAAGCAAAAUCCAAACGCUGUAUGAAGCCUGCAAUCUUUUAUUUUCCCAGAAAAUGCUCCCAACUUCCCAACAAGUUCAAUGGCUGAAAAAUUUCCUGGGCACGUUUAAAGCAAUAGAUGUUGGAAUUGAUGAAUUUGGUUUAUGUGGAUCGCCAUCUACUAGCCCAAGGAGAGAUAAGGGACUGAUCUGUGGGCAAAGCAUCUCCCAAAUCACUUACAUUCACAUUCAUGAAUGUCACCAUUUCUCUAUCGGAGUGUUUUGUUUCCCGGCUGGAGCAACACUUCCCCUUCAUGAUCACCCUGGAAUGACAGUCUUUAGCAAACUCCUUUAUGGUUCAUGUUAUGUUAAAGCUUAUGAUUGGAUCAACGGAGGAGCUACUUCAGGCUUCAGAACAUUUGGAUUGGCAGGCAAGGUUUUAGAUGCCGUUAUGAGGGCACCAUGUGAGACUAGUGUACUAUUUCCGACAAGUGGAGGGAACAUUCAUUCUUUUAGUGCAGUAACUCCCUGUGCUAUCUUGGAUGUAUUGGCUCCACCUUACUCUGAGGAGCUUGGCAGGCCUUCUACUUAUUUCUUGGAAUUUCCUGUUUCUUCUCUUCCUGGAUAUGCAAUGCUUGAGGAAGGAGAGCUGCAAGAUGAUCUGGUGGUUGCUGGAGCACCAUAUCUUGGCCCUCCUAUUGAUGAUGCUGGCAUUGGCUGUUGUUGCCUUCUUGACUUUGCCAGUGUAUAGUUUUACUGCAUGAUUGAUAGGAUUGCCGUACAAUGCUUAAAACUUAAUGAAAUACAGAUGGACUGAGCUUAAGCCAAUCAGAGCAUUCGGAUUGCCCAAGAAAGGGGGCAACUGUUUUAAUAUAAAUAUUGCUGCAAUUUCCUUCCUAAAGUGGCAAAUCCAAAUGGUAAAGAGCAGUUACCUUGCAAAUAUGGUCUUGUGUUCAACCUCUUGUCUCUCAUACUAUUUAUAAAAAAAAAGUUUAUAAAAUAAAA